AUGUCGACAACAGUCCCCUUUAUCAACAACCUCUCUUCUACUUCUCCUACGCCUCCCCAUGCACACUCGCAUGAUGGAGGAGUACCUCAUAUCCAUGAUCACGAUCAUGGCCUAGCAGAGCAUGGUCAUACACACGAACAUUUGGAUAAUCCUGGAAAGUACGCUGAGCGCGACAUGCCGGAAUAUUCAAACCGGAAUUUCGAAGAGAGAGGGUUCACUAUCGGAAUCGGAGGGCCUGUAGGUUCAGGUAAAACGGCUUUGACGCUCGCGUUAUGCCAGAGGUUGCGGAACGAAUAUAACAUUGGUAAUGACAACACAAUCCCACUUGCACGACGCCACGCAGCCACCGUGACCAACGAUAUCUUCACGCGCGAGGACCAAGAAUUCCUCAUCAAAAACCGUGCCCUGCCCUCCUCGCGCAUCCUCGCCAUCGAAACUGGUGGAUGUCCUCAUGCCGCCAUCAGAGAAGACAUCUCCGCCAAUAUGGGUGCGCUCGAGCAGCUUCAAGCAAAGUUUGGCUGUCAGAUGCUGUUCGUGGAGAGCGGUGGAGAUAACCUGGCCGCGAAUUACUCGCGGGAGUUGGCUGAUUACAUUAUCUACGUUAUUGAUGUCGCGGGUGGUGACAAGAUUCCUCGUAAAGGUGGACCCGGCAUUUCUCAGUCUGACCUCCUGGUCAUCAAUAAGAUCGAUAUUGCCACCUACGUUGGCGCCUCGCUCGAAGUCAUGGCCCGGGAUUCGAACCUCAUGCGCGGUGACGGGCCUACAAUAUUCACGAGCAUCAAGCACGGGACGGGCGUCGAUGAUGUGGUCGAGCUCAUCCUGGCGGCGUGGAGGACGGCUGGGUCGCCCGGAACGGUGGGCGCGGUGGGCGAUGCCGCAUAG